AAGGGAGGAAAUAACAAGGGCUGGGAUUACAAAGGCGGAGAUGACAAGGGCUCAGGUGGAAGUGCCGCCGCUGCGGCUUCAGCCUCUAGUUCAGGCGGAGAUGACAAGGGAGAUGAUAAAGGCGGAGAUGACAAGAGCUCAGGCGGAAGUGCCGCCGCUGCGGCUGCAGCCUCUAGUUCAGGCGGAGAUGACAAGGGCUCAGGUGGAAGUGCCGCCGCUGCGGCUGCAGCCUCUAGUUCAGGCGGAGAUGACAAGGGUUCAGGUGGAAGUGCCGCCGCUGCGGCUGCAGCCUCUAGUUCAGGCGGAGAUGACAAGGGCUCAGGUGGAAGUGCCGCCGCUUCGGCUGCAGCCUCUAGUUCAGGCGGAGAUGACAAGAGCUCAGGUGGAAGUGCCGCCGCUGCGGCUGCAGCCUCUAGUUCAGGCGGAGAUGACAAAGGCUCAGGUGGUAGUGCCGCCGCUGCGGCUGCUGCCUCUAGUUCAGGCGGAGAUAAAGGAGGAGAUAACAAGGGCGGAGGAGAUGACAAGGGCUCAGGUGGAAGUGCAGCGACUGCAGCUGCGGCCUCUAGUUCCGGCGGAGACGACCAAGGAAAAGGAUCCGGUGAUAGCGGUGCCGCUGCUAGUGCAGCAACUAGUUAAAGCACAUUUUGCACCGCUCAUGGGAGCCUGGGGUCCGCUUGGCAACUAA